CCAAACGUGAGACCCCUCGGUAAAAUCAAGCCGCAUUGAGACAAGAGUUUAUCAACAUCUGAUUUAUAAUCGAGCUAUUUCUGCAAUACAUUCGACAACGAUCCUCUAACCAUGAGAUGCUGACAAAUACAAACUAUUUAAAGGAACCCAAAGAGUAGCAAACCUGGAAGACUAAGAAGUUAAGAGGAUAUAAUCUUCAAACUGGAGUGGUUGAGGCCAGAAUCUCUGCCAUCAUUUGGUCCAUAUCGAGAAGCUACGGCAGUCACUGCGGUUCUCGCUUACUUGCAAACGAAAGGAUACCGAGAGCCAACAUGGAUAUCCUCGCUCCUGAACGAUCCCAAAACAUGGCGGCCAAUCUUCCGGGCCACUUUGACCGCAUUGAUGUAACUUACAAGACGGUCAGCAACACGCCCAUCGAGGCGGCAAUCCUCAUCCCCAAGGGGCUCGCUGCUAAGACUGGGCCGGAAACCGCCCCUGUGCUCGUUCACUUCCACGGCGGUGGCCUAGCGACGGGCACCAACCCCGACCCUUCCUUUCUUGCCAACUGGGUAUGUGAACUCGCCAGCUCAACCCCAGCCAUUAUGGUCUCCCCGGCCUACCGCAUGAUCCCGGAAUCGCACGCCACCGACACCCUCGACGACAUUUCCGAUUUCUGGACGUGGCUGCACGAGCCGGGCACUUUAACGUCGGCAAUCCAGUCCCGAUUCCCCUCCCUCACGCCCGACCUCGACCAUGUGGCCACCAUAGGCGAUUCCGCCGGCGGUUACCUCGCGCUACAAUCAACCCUGUCGCUGGACCCAGCUAGGACAAAGAUCCGCGUGGCCAUGGCUCAGUACCCAGCCCUCUUCUCGGAUUUACCGGCUUGGAAUGCGCGCCCAGAGGAGCCCGACCCGGCGCUGGACAAGGUGGUGGCCGACUACGUCCAGGCGCUCGAGCCCGGUAAGAUCCGGGUCUCGACGCCCUGGCCGGGCCUGCAGGAGGUGGUUUUCGCCAUGUUGCGGAACGGACUGAUGAGGGAGUUUGGGCUUGGCAAGCACGAGAGGUUGACGGCGGAGUACGCGAUUGCGAAGGCGAAAGGAUUCGGUAGGGUGCCGCCGAUCUGGAUCAUUCAGGGCACGGAGGACCACUUGGUGGCCACGGCGGCUACAGAUCAGUUGGUUAGCCGGCUGAGGGCCGAGCUGAGCGACCUGAAACUCAAGUACACAGUUCAGCCUGGUGACCAUGGGUUUGAUUGCUUUUCUAAGCUGGAGGAUGACUGGGUGGCCGAGGGAGUUGACUGGAUUAAGGGGUUCUGGCUUUGACUUUGUACAUACCUUACUAGGUAUUGAAUGCGAUUGCAAAACGCCGAUCGGUGUU